AAUUUUGAUUUUGUUUUUGUCACAUUGUUUCUAACCUAAGCAAAAAAAGAAAAAAAGGCAGAACGAAAGAAAAAACAUCUGUGUCGCUGCCGGCAAUGUUACCGCGACUUUCAUAUUUAUUCACGCAAACGCGAUGCAUUUCGAAUAAUACGAUAUUUGCGCUAUCAUCAGGAUAUGGCAAGUGUGGUGUUGCGGUUAUUCGAGUGUCUGGUCCAAAAACGAAAACAGCAAUUACACUCUUGACAAAAGCUGAACCAAAAUCGAAGGAAUUACAACCAAGAUAUGCAUCGUUGCGUAAAUUAUGGCAUCCAAAAACGAAUGAUUUGAUUGAUAAAGGGUUGGUGCUAUGGUUUCCUGCCCCAAAUAGUUUCACCGGUGAAGAUUGUUGUGAAUUUCAAGUGCACGGCAGUACGGCAGUUGUGUCAACCAUAUGCGAUACAUUGAAUGGUAUCGAUGGAUUUCGGCCGGCGUUGGCCGGUGAAUUUGCGAAGCGGGCAUUUCGUUCGAAUAAACUUGAUUUGAUCGAAAUCGAAGGUUUGGCCGAUCUCAUACACGCCGAAACGGAUAUUCAACGAAAACAAGCACUGUUACAGGCCGACGGUGUAUUAUCCAAAGUGUAUGCGGAAUGGAGAAAGACAAUGUUACGAGCGUUGGCUUGUUUUGAGGCGUACAUUGAUUUUGCCGAAGAUGAAAAUAUUGAACCCGAGACAAUUGAUCACGUUCAACGCGAUGUUGAUAAAUUGAUUCGCGAUAUGAAUCGAUUUUUGAACGACAGCCGAAAGGGUGAGAUGCGACGGAAUGGUGUAAAAACGGCCAUUCUAGGCGAACCAAAUGUCGGCAAAAGCAGUUUUAUGAAUCACAUUUGUCAAAAGCCCAUUUCAAUUGUUGCCAGCAUUGAGGGCACAACGAGAGACAUCGUUGAAUCAUCGUUUAACAUUGCUGGUUUUCCCGUUGUUAUCGCUGAUACGGCGGGACUACGUAAUCACACUAUUGAUCCAAUCGAAAAAGAAGGAAUACAUCGGGCCAAGCAGUAUGCAGCUGAAGCAGAUUUAAUCAUUCUCUUAGUCGAAGUAAGCACAUUGUUAGCGGCCAAAAUGAAUGUCGAUGCAUUCAAACGGAUGCAUUUGAAUAAGAUGGGCAUUACGGAUGAUAAUGAAAUUCUACAAAAAGAAAUCAUUGUUAUUGCAAACAAAUGUGAUUUAGUUGAAAAUGUGCCGGCGAGAGACGAUACGGAUAUUGUUUACGUUUCGUGCACGCAAAACAAAGGGAUCGAUUGUGCACUGGAGAAAAUUGAACAAACACUACGAAAGCUGACUGAUUACAAUCCAACUGGACUGGCAUAUGUGCCGCCAAACGAAAGACAUCGCCAAUUUGUGGUGAAAAGUCUACAGCAUCUGGGGGAUUUCAAGUCAUUCUCCGGUUCGGAUGGCUUUGACUUCUCCAUAGCGGCCGUUUAUUUAAGAGAAUCCUUGCAUCAACUGGAAAGUAUAUCGGGUCGAACCAUUGACAAUGAAGAAAUGUAUGAUUUUAUCUUUCGACAAUUUUGUAUUGGGAAAUAAAAGAAGAAAACACCAUGUGUGUAAUGUAUGUAAGCCAAAA